AUGAACAAUAUGCUCGAGUUUGUGAUUUUGGUAAGCAAGGUUCAAGAGUUUGAACCUGAAUGGGAGGAUGCCAUCAUCAAAGCCUUUGACGAAGUGAUGCACAUGGAAGCGAAGCUCAAGUCUCUACUAGAAAUCCCGAUGAAGGAGAUAGAAGAAAUGGUGACUAGAUUCAUUGAAUAUGUCAGGAAGGAAGAAGCCGGCAUACUCUUACAAAUAAAAGAAUCUCUGGAGGGUGGUGGAGGUACAGAUUUUCUAGCAGACUGGUCCAACUCCUCGGCUUCAUCUGAUUUCUGUAAAUGGCAAGGCGUCAAGUGCAUCUCAACAUCAACAUCCAGUAACGUUAUAUCACUCGCUCUGCCCAGCCGGAACCUAUCCGGUCAUCUUUCUUCUAUGAUUGGGAAGCUCAGCCGGUUGGAGGAGCUCGACCUUUCCGGCAACAGACUACAUGGACACGUUCCUCCUGAAUUGGGGAACUGCACACGCCUUCAGACGCUCCGUCUCUCAAAUAACUUUUUGAGUGGUGUUAUCCCGUUGACUCUAGUCAACUUCAGCCUACUUACUUUCCUUGAUCUGAGUUCAAAUAAUAUAUCUGGUUUUAUUAUUCCACAGCUGGGGGAGUUGUCAAAUUUGUCCGAGCUUCUUUUAUAUGCUAACAAUCUCUCUGGAGUAGUGCCUGCAUCUCUUGGUAAGCUUGCAAAUCUUCAGGUUUUAAGAGUAGGCUUAAACAGCUUUACUAGUUUCUUACCACCUGAAAUUGGCAACUGCACAAAGCUUACGUCUAUAGGUUUUGCCUCCUGCAAUCUAAAAGGCACAAUCCCAUGGGAAAUUGGUAAAUUACAAAGGCUGGAAAUGCUAAAUCUCUAUGAUAACCAACUGAAUGGUUUUAUCCCUUCAAGCAUUGGGAAUUGCAGGGCUCUGCAAAAGUUUGUUAUUUAUAAAAACAACAUACAAGGUCCCAUUCCAAGGGAGUUUGGCCUUCUCCGGCGCCUCCAAUUUCUGUGGGUGUACAAGAAUCUUCUUUCAGGCGAUCUUCCUGCUGAAUUGGGCAACAUGUCAAUGCUUCAAGAGAUAGACGCAUCUUCCAACGAUCUCGUUGGAAGAUUGCCAGAGGAAGUCGGUGGGUUGAAAAGUUUGAGUUUUCUAAGCCUUGCCUAUAAUAAUCUUUCUGGCACGGUUCCUGCAUCCUUGGGAAAUCUUACAAGCUUAAAAAUAUUAGAUUUGGGAGAAAAUCGAUUCAGCGGCACAUUGCCGGAUGGAAUUGGUUUCCUACCAAAUCUUACAGAGCUGUACAUCAGCAGAAACAUAUUGGAAGGUCAGUUGCCUGCAGCCCUGGGAACUUUCAGCGAUCUGGAGAUCUUGGAUGCGUAUUCCAAUCGUCUAAGCGGAGAAUAUCCUCCUGGACUAUAUAUCUCGAAACUGUCAGCUCUGUAUUACCUGGAGCUGUCCUUCAACAGCAUUCAUGGAGAAAUACCUGCCGAGCUGGGUCAACUUGAGAACCUCACUUAUCUUAUUCUUUCAGGGAACAACUUAACUGGAGCUAUUCCUCCUCAAAUUGGGGAUCUCACAAACCUGGGUAGGCUCAAUUUGAGCAACAACAAGCUCAGCGGAAAUAUUCCUUCCCAAGUCGGAACUCUCAUGAAUUUAGAAGAUUUGGAUCUUAGUCGGAACUCACUUGACGGUUCUAUUCCUCAAAACCUAGGCAACAUUUUUUCCGACCUGUUCAUCUUAAAGUUAAGCUCCAACAAUUUGAGUGGAAAUAUCCCGGCAUCUCUGGGAGAUUGCUCGAGUUUGAUAGAGUUAGACCUGUCUCGAAACCAACUUGAGGGACCGAUUCCAAGGGAAAUAGGAAAGCUAGUGAAUCUGCAAACUGCGCUGGAUCUCAGUUGGAACAGGCUAUCUGGUUCUCUGCCACCGGAGAUUGGAAAUCUGGUGGUGCUUGAAUCAUUGGACGUCUCCUACAACCAACUAUCUGGUCAGAUUCCUCCUGCUUUCUCAGGCUUGAAACUUCUUUCCAAAUUCAAUUUUUCAUUCAAUCGAAUCACGGGGCGAAUUCCUGCUCUGAAAGCUUUCGCUGGGGGCGCCGCAAGCUCCUUUGAUGGUAACGAUGCUCUGUGCGGCCCACCCACUCCCAAUUCCUGCUUGGAAACCAGAAAUAGUAUUAGUAAUAACAAGAGCGAGGGGACAGGCAGCAUGGUUGGAAUUGUUGUUGCCGGGGUCGCUGCUAUUACGCUUGUCAUAAUAGGACGUGUGUAUUACGGGAGCAGGAGCCAGGUAGCUGCACAAGGUGAAGAACUAAAGAAAGAGGAGGAUAUGCUUAGUGGAUCAUUCCCCGAAGCUGAGGUAGAUAUUGGCGGAGGUUAUAAACACAGGAUUUCAUAUCAAGAAAUUUUGACCGCGACGGAGGAAUUCAGUGAUAAUUAUCUAAUCGGCUCUGGCAGCUUUGGCAGAGUGUACAAGGUUCUUCUGAGAGAAGCUGAGAAAAGCUUGGCAAUUGCUGCAAAGGUCUUGAGAUUGCAAGAGGAAGGGAAAAGUAGUUUGAUACGCGAGAUAGAAGCUCUCAAGUUCGUCCGCCACAGAAACAUUGUAGGUUUUCUUGGGUUCGUGUAUGGGAGCAGCAUCAACAUGGACGUUCUGCUCUUCGAAUACAUGGCAAAGGGUUCCUUAAGGGAAGCAUUAAAAUCACAAAACUUGGGGUGGAAGAUUCGAUUGAACAUAACUUUGGGAGUGGCCCAGGCUCUGAAAUAUUUACAUCACGACUGCACACCUCAAAUUGUACACCGCGACCUGAAAUCGGCAAAUAUUUUGCUGGACGAUGAGUACGUAGCACAUGUGGCAGACUUCGGCCUUGCAAAAUUGAUCUAUUCAGAUGGCCAAAGCACUAGCUCCUCCGUUUAUGUUGGCAGUCGUGGCUAUAUGGCUCCUGAAUGCGGUUAUGGAGUUAGGUCUUCCCCGAAGCAAGAUGUGUUCAGCUUUGGAGUUGUACUGUUGGAGCUUGUUACUGGCAAAGCAGCCGUCGUGGAUGCGGAAGGAGGAGGAGGAGAAAGCAGAGGUUUGGCUGAAUGGGUUGCUAUGAUUAAAAAGAAUAAGGGCAACGUUGUCCUGGAUUUAAUAGAUCCAGAGCUGCUAAAUGAUUACGAAAAAUGGGGAGAUGAAAUUGAGAAAGUGAUAGAGAUUUCCCUCCUCUGCACUCGAUCGUCUCCAAGAGAGAGGCCAUCCAUGCGAACAGUAGUGAACUCGCUUUCUUCUCCUUCCCCAAUGCUACUGGAAUAUGCCUCUGUCUAA